GAGAACGAGAAAGCCAGGGAGGGAGGGAGUGAGUGCCAGAGAGAGAGUGUGUGUGUGUGUGCAGGGUAGAGGGAGUGUGCGGAAGACAGGGAGAGCGUGAGCGAAGGGAACGGGAACUGUAAGCCAGUCACAGUAUCUCCUUCCCACUGCACCAGCGGUGAUGGACAGCUCCUCUCCUCGCCGCUCUUCAAAAGGUUCCUAUUUAUUUUCAGUAGCUUUAGCUUUGUCUUCUGUACUUUAUUUUUGUCUGUUCAGGUAUUUAUUUGUCGUAAGCUCAGUUCGACUGGGGAAAUGAGAGGAGAGAGAGUCAGAGGACAGCACUGAAACUGGGACUGUCUCUGUACUGGUGGAGUGGUUUCUCUUCUUUUUGUGCCUGGGUAUUUGCUACGAGGUGCAGACGUAUUGGGUGGAAGAUAGAGUCGAAUGGCCAGAAAGCCACGCCUCCCCUAAACAAAAAGCUCAUUUGAAUGGACAUGUAUAAGUAAUAUUAUCAAUAGUGGAAACGAGGGGAGGCUGAUGUAAAGCGCUUUCACCCGUAGCUAUUUGGGGAAUGUCACUGGCAAAACAGAACCAAAAAGAAGUUGAAGGGAUAAAGAAGUGGAAUGCAGAUCCCACACCCAUCGCAGAGUGCAUCCUGAAGAGGAUUUCUGAGGCGACACAGUCAGAGGAGCUGAGACACUCAGAUGGCCUCUACCGGCUCUAGUACCCAUUGAUUGAUAUUGUGUGUAAGACUGUUGGCAACUCCAAAAUUCUUUGCCUCAAUCUUCUUUACAACCAGCUUUUGCCUCUCACAACCUUGAGGACAAAAGUUUCAUAAAAGUGUGUGGAUUGGGAUUUCAGAGAUCAAAGCUUGAUUUGUGGCUCCAGCGUGCGCGCGCUCGCGCACACACAACAGAAUACAGAUUUUUGCUUCGCCUCGUUUAGCCUCUCUCUGACUGGAGAGCAUUGUAAACAUAAUUCCCCCAGUUCUCUGUGGAACGAGAGCUGUGACAUUAACACCCGCCGAGAGCCCAGUGUUUUUCUAGCGUGUCUGUGUUUUGAUUCGGACAAUAGCUGAGCAUACAUGGGGUCAAGACUCGCUACUCCAAAAUAAGAGGAUGCAUACAACAGGACUGAAAACUAACUGCUGCACUCCAGACUUUAGAAGGGACUUUAUUGGAGGUAAAAACCAAACACAAUGGCUAAUGUGGAUGUAAAUACUCCUAUGACUUUGAAUGGACUUUGAAUGACCUAUGAAUGGAUUUUCUGAUCUGCUCUUUUUCUGACGCUGAACAAGCUAUUUGAAAGCCUAAAUGACAUUCUUGUUCUAACAGUAAAUGUUUUAACACUUUUUUUCUCUUAUCGAUAGUCUCAAGAUAGGAGUCACAUGCUCCUUGUCUUAUUUAAUCAGCAGUAGGAUCUGCACCGUGUCUGCCUGCAUGCUUCUUUCCCACAUGUCAACUACCCUGCACCUCCUGCGCCUUUUGCCCUUGUGAGGACAGCCCCUGCCCUCAUCCCCUAGCCGCCCAGAGGCAGGAGAUGUGGCCAGGGACUGUCAGGGACCGCAGUGGGGAUCCCUGCCGCCGGGAUAGAUGCUUGGUGUAACAUUGGCCGACCCUUUUCUGUUUGUUGAGGCAAUAUAUAUUUUUCUUUCUUCAACAAUAACCCCACUGGCUCUAAGCAUGACUGAUCAGAAAAGGAGAGCCAAGCUGGUACUCUUGUUUCCCUGUGGGCUGUAUUGAUUUUCCUCAGUCAGUGUUCAUUUGAUUGAGACCCAACUAUGUGAGAGCAAAAGUGAAAGAGAGCGAGGAUAAAGCUCUGUUUGCUGUGGGAGGCUACAGACAGACAGCAGGGGCGGACUGGUCUCCAGUUACAGGCCAUCUGCAUCGCAGGUGGCACAGCACAAACCUGACCCACCAGGACCGCGCCCACAACAAUGAAUCAGUCAGCGCUGACAACAGACCUGGUACCCACUGCCAACAGCAGCCUUGUGGGCCCGGAUCCCAACCACUCUUGCCCCCUUGGCUGGGGCCAGAACGAGGGCCUGGAGGCCUGCGUCUUGGAGACUGCCGUCAUCGUGCUACUGACAGUGCUCAUCAUCGCUGGAAACCUGACGGUGAUCUUCGUGUUCCACUGCGCCCCGCUGCUGCACCACUACACUACCAGCUAUUUCAUCCAGACCAUGGCCUAUGCUGACCUGCUGGUGGGCCUCAGCUGCCUGGUGCCCACCCUGUCCCUGCUGCACUACCCGGCCGGCGUCCAGGAGCCCAUCACCUGCCAGGUCUUCAGCUACGUCAUCUCGGUACUCAAGAGUGUCUCCAUGGCCUGCUUGGCCUGCAUCAGCGUGGACCGUUACCUGGCCAUCACCAAACCCCUGUCCUACAACCAGCUGGUGACGCCGUGCCGGCUCCGUGGCUGCAUCGCUCUCAUAUGGGUCUACUCCUGUCUGAUGUUCCUGCCCUCCUUCUUUGGCUGGGGCAAGCCGGGCUACCACGGAGACAUCUUUGAGUGGUGCGCCCACUCCUGGCCCACCUCGGCGCUCUUCACAGGCUUUGUGGUGUGCCUGCUAUACGCGCCCGCUGCUCUGGUUGUCUGCUUCACCUACUUUCACAUCUUCCGCAUCUGCCAGCAGCACAACCGGGAGAUCAGUGAGAGGCGGGCACGCUUCCCCAGCCAGGAGAUGGAGGCCGGGGAGGGUGGUGGCAGUGGUAGCGGCGGGGGGCACCACACGGGUCACGGGCCUGACCGGCGCUACGCCAUGGUGCUCUUCCGCAUCACCAGCGUCUUCUACAUACUCUGGCUGCCCUACAUCAUCUAUUUCCUUUUGGAGAGCUCACACGUGCUGGACAGCCCCGCCCUGUCCUUUGUAACCACCUGGCUGGCCAUCAGCAACAGCUUCUGCAACUGCGUCAUCUACAGCCUGUCCAACAGUGUGUUCCGCCUGGGCAUGCGCCGCCUCUCGCAGACACUCUGCUCCUUCAGCCACUGUGCAGCCGACGACAGGGACUUUGGAGAACCCAAACCCAGGAAAAGGCCAAAGUCCUGCUCCAUCUGAGGAGUUGCAGGCUAUUGUUAAAUAAGCCACACAUUUGGUUACACAAGGUUACAUCUUUACAAAGCUGCUGACUAUUCAAUUGACAGGGCUGUCCCAAAGAAAAAUACUUUAGGCUCUGACGGUUUGUUUGAAGAAUACCAAUGACUUUGCUGUAGUCAUGCCAAGUCAUGAUUUAUGGGCAAAAAUGUGAUUGCUGAGAGAAGCUAGAUUUUUGUAAAGGUUUAGUUUCUGAACUAAGUGGAUGAGAGAUUGGCACUACAUUUUGACUUUAGACCUGCGAAGUGGGGUAUAGCUGGUAAAUCAAAUCUAAAUGUAUUGGUCGCUUACACAGAUUAGCAGGUGGUAUAGCAGGUGCAGUUAAAUGCAUGUUACUAGCUCCUAACAGUGAAGUAAAAUAUCAAACAAGUACAAACAAAACCAAAAAAACAAGAAAUGUCAGAACGAAUCAAAUUAACUCCAAUAUCAGUAAUCCAUAUGCUGUACAUGUACUGUAUGUACAGCCUUAUGUACAACAUCAUUCCACCAUGGUUACCAUGGUUACCUCAGGCUUUGACGUUUACAUUUGUUUGUUUCUCGUCAGUCAGGUUAAGUAAAGGACAAAGUUAGGACAAAACACUUUCCUCAAACAUUGAUGGUGACCUCAUGAUUUUACUGUCUCUGAUUUCACAGUUUUGUGGACUAAAAUGUAUUGAAUUUGAAUGCCAAUAUUGGACUGCUACUAUAGGCCUGUGUUCUUAGUAGGCACACGAAGGCUGAAUUAGUACAGACAUCAACACGUAAUCCUCAUUUGCAUACACUCCCUUUAGGAGUUCACAUGUGCGUGCAAAUGGCUGACUUCACUUACUGUAUAUACAUGCUCCUUGGCAAUGGUGGCGCCCACCACACUGAUGUACAUAACAACAGAUCGUUCGUUGCCUUGACCUGUCAUGACAAAGUUUUGCAGAGUUUUCAGAAGGUUUGUUAGCAAACACAACAUUGUUCAACGUGUGUUAAAAGACUUUCGGGCAGCCCUAAACCGAGAGACGUGGGAGUCAAUUUGACGAGUUAAGCAAACUACAAAAAAAACACAAAGCUUGUUUAGUUUGAUUAGAUAUUUAUAUAUUUUGGCGUGGAACUUUUUAGUAAAAAAAAAAAACUUUGUCAAUGCCUCAGAUCCAGUAGCUGUUUAGAUGAGUGAUUAGUCAUGUCCACUAUAGUGAACACUACCCUCUUUAUCUUUGGCUGCUCAUCAGAGAUCGUCUCCACUUCAGCAUCAGCUUCAUAUGUAUGACUCUGUCCCCUUACCUUUUCCAUGCUAAGUGCAGAGCCUGUUCCUUUUUAGGGUGCAGUAAAUGCAUCAUGACGACUGGUCUUGUUGUGUAUUUUACUGUUUGAUACAGCACAGGUGUAGUCAUUCCAAGCUUUUCUCGUACAUUCUCAGAAUUCCGCAUUUUAUUUUAACAGAUAAUGUUGAAAUAUCCAUACAGGGGCACAUUUCCAGUAAUACCCAAGACUAUUGUGAGAUGAGAUUCUUAUGGUUGUAGGCCAUGUGUAGGUAGACCUGUGUGGAAAAAACGAGCAGCACAGCCAACUUUAACUCUCUAUAUCGUGACUGUUUAUGUUCAACAUUAUGCUGCUUAACCUGUGUAUUCAUUCCUCUUUUUGCUUUACAGAUGGUAAAUAGAUCACAAAGAUGUACAUUCUGUUCUUCUAUAUGGUUACAAGGAUACACUGCACUUAUUUGUAUUUAUUUUUUACGCUGGCUGCGUGACAUUGCAUUUUGUAACGUGACCUUCCUUUUGACUUGACCCAAAAUCCAUCAAGCUUGUAUUUGCAGUAGUACCAUACAAUGGUACCAUCUUGUUUCAACACCUUUUCAAAUCGAAUGAACUUUUAUUUGUCACAUGCACCAAAUACAAGGUAUAGACUUUACUGUGAAAUACUUACGAGCCCUUUCCCAACAAUGCAGAGUUAAGAAGUGAAAAGGAAAUAGUAACACAAUAAAAUAACCAUAACGAGGCCAUAUACUGGUACCGAGUCAUUGUGCAGGGGAAUGGGGUAGUUGAGGUCAUAUGUACAUGUCAGUAGGGUGAAAGGUGACUUGGCAAUCAGGAUAUAUAAUAAAUCAAGUAGCAGUGUAUGUGAAAGUGUGUGUUUUGGCGUCAAUAUGCGCACGCGCGUGUGUGAGCGUACAGAGUGUACAAAACAUAAGGGACACCUUACUAAUAUUGAGUUGCACCCCCUUUUGCCGUCAGAACAGCCUCAAUUCAUCGGGGCGUGGACUCUACAAGGUGUCAAAAGCAUUCUACAGGGAUGCUGGCCCAUGUUGACUCCAAUGCUUCUCACAGUUGUCAAGUUGGCUGGGUGUCCUUUGGGUGGUGGACCAUUUUUGAUUACACACAGGAAAAUGUUCAAUGUGAUGAACCCAGCAGCGUUGCAGUUCUUGACACAAACCGGUGCGUCUGGCACCUACUACCAUACCCUGUUCAAAGGCACUUCUACUUUUGUCUUGAACUUUCACCCUCAAAGGCACACCUACCCAAUCCAUGGUUGUUGUCUCAAGGCUUAAAAAAUCCUAAUUGAUCCUGUCUCCUCCCCUUCAUCUACACUGACUGAAGUGGAUUUAACAGGUGACAUCAAUAAGGGAUAAUAGCUUUCACCUGGUCUCUCACACACUACAUACCCACCCACACUGCCUCAUUAUUAUGUUUAUUUUCCAUUUCUCUCUUCAGAAACCUACCAUCACACCUGAUUCUCUCUAGAAUUACCCACAGAUAGUUAUUUCUGUUUGCACGCUAAAGCAAGUCACACACAUGGAGAGAAAAAAUAUUUCUCACUUCUCAAACAAUGUGCCAUCUUUUAUAAAUGGUAAAUCAAUAUUGUUGACAAGCUACUUUCUCUCUGGAUUUUGCUUUAUAGUAUAUGUUGUACUGGUGGUUUCAUGAGAUUUUAAUUGGUUACACUUUCCACAGUAACGCUAGUGGAAUGUAGUUUCAUUCUAACAAACAAGUUAUUGAGAAUAUACCACUUUGACUCAUUUUUUGUUUUCAGAAAACAGUCUGUGGUUACUAGGCAGUGUAAUUACCUAACCGUUAUACAGUCUAUAUUGACACUGCAGUAAGUGUUACCCAAUUCAUUUAGUUUCUUCUUAGUUAAUUUGUGGCUUCGCUUCCAUUUAGUUUCCAUCCUUUUAAAUUUUUUUUACAGGUAAUUUCUCUGCCAGUAGUUGAAUGAACUGUGUACUGAUUCAGUAACACAGGUUUAUUUUAUACCCAUGUACCACUAACUAUGUUCACUUUUCCACAUGUCUAUUAUAAUGACUAAACUAGUUUCCAAUUUCUUUCUGAAGUGAUGAAAAUGCAAAAAUGUUCAAAAACAACUGACUUCAAGUGCAUUUGUUAGGGUGUUGUAUCUUACAGAUGUGAUUUAAUACAGUACAACGUCUUUAUUUAUUUAUUUAUUUUUAUUCAAAAUUGAUAUGCUACUUUGUUUUAAUAGGAGUAUGUAUAGUAUCUGUUUUGUGUUCAGGCAACAACAAAAAACGUAAAAACAAUCGUAUGACAAAAUCUCGCCCAGUGACGACUCAUACCAACUAAGCUGCUUUAUAUGACGUGACAUGUUUUGGAUUAGACGACAAAUCAAGAAAUUACACACCAUCUAAUUUUUUAUUUCUGAGAUAUUGUCAAAGGCUUUGGUUUUGCUGUUGCUGCCAAUCCGAUAUAACUGAUGAAAAAUAAAAAUCUAGUAAUGUUGCCUUUGAACACUGCCUUGAGUUGUUCAUGUCUCUAGCAUUUUACUGGUGCUGAGUUGUACUGUACUUAAGAAAAUUAUUAAAAGCAGGCAAUGAUUUGAAAGGGUGAUUCACUUGACUAGUUUCUAGGAUUAUAUACAUAAGAUAAAUAACUUAAGUGAAAAAUUAACUGACAUUUAGUAUGCUAAUGCUGUAGCUGUGUAUAUAUAUGGUCUGUAGGGUUGUUUGUAGCUAUUCAAAUCCAAGGUGAACAGAGUUCAUCACUAGACUGAGGAUUAGCCUGCGUUUUACU